UACAACCUAAAAAAUUUAAUGAUUGUUGUUUGAUGUUCGCUGUUACUUACUAGUAACACAACAGUGUUGCUUUAUAAUCCAUCAUGGAAAGAUGGAAGGGACGUGUAGCUCUCGUAACGGGAGCAUCUGCCGGGAUAGGUUAUGCCAUUGCUGAUGCGCUGGCUCGAAACGGCAUGAAAGUGAUUGGCUGCGCGCGGAACACCGAGAAAAUUCUAGAACUAGGCAAAAUGCAUAAGAGCGGUCCUGGCAGCGUAGAAGCGGUCGUGUGCGACGUUAGCCAGCCUGAACAGAUCACCGCUAUGUUCGAGCAUAUAGAGAAACGCUAUAAAUACAUCGAUGUGUUGGUCAACAACGCGGGAAUUGCAUCAUUUGCUUCGUUACUGUCAGGGAAGACUGAGCAAUGGAGGAAACUUUUUGAGGUGAAUGUUCUGGGAUUAUGUAUCUGCGCGAGAGAAGCUUUGAAUCUCAUUCAAAAGAAUGGUGUCACCGACGGCAAUAUCAUUAAUAUCGGCAGUACUGCUGGGCAUUCUCAUUUAAACUUUCCCGAUGGACAUUUUUAUUCGGGCACCAAGCAUAUGGUCACUUCGCUGACGGAAUCUCUGCACCGAGAAGUGCGGGCCAUGGAGCCGAAAAACAACAUUCGAAUCACGGAUAUUAGUCCUGGAGUUGUAAAGACCGAGAUUGUACAGCGGUCUUUAGCUGAGAUCGGUGAAUCUCAGGAACAGUUGGAUUUUCUGCACGACUACCAAACAUUAAGCAGCGAAGAAAUAGCAGACAGCGUGCUGUAUGUACUGUCCGCUCCUCAGCAUGUUAACGUCAAAACGCUCAUCAUUGCUCCCACGCAGCAACCGGAGAUGUGACUUCCGCUUACAAUAAAAAGUCGAUCAAUAUGUACUUUCAAAAGCUGCAAAAACAUCAUCAACGUGCAGUUUAUCAAUAGUCACCAUUUUAAGUGUAAAAACAGAUAUGCGGGAGAGCUGACAGAUAAAGUAAUCAAUAAAAAUUUAUAUAAACAAUGAA